AUGACGGAUUAUCAGGAUCUUCUGCAAACCAUCAAGAGUUUGCAGCACUCCAGACUGAGCUACAUAGAGCUUCUUCAAGAGGAGGUGAAGAGAAACCAAGAUAGACCUAAUGAGAAAAUCAAAUCUGACGAGGACAGUGACGACUCCUCUAGACCUGCCACCUCGGCCCAUCACAUCCGAGCACAGAACGAACAGUUCACAGCGCCCUACUCCAUCCCACAAACCCUCACAGUGUCUCCGAGUCUGGGUGGGCAACCGCUGUCACCAGAGCUGGCGGUGGGAGGAGCCUGUGCUAUUCAGAUGGUGGUUCAGGCUUAUAUUAUUAAAUAUUUGCUCUUCAACCAGCCAAUAAACUCAGAGUGCAAAAUGCAAAGUCUGAUGACGGUAGGAGAGAAGGAGCAGAGGAAGGCGCUGGCAGCCGCUCUAACUGACAUCUUGUGGACAGCUGGUGAGGAGCAGACAGCCACCGUCUGCUUGGUCAUGUCAGAGCGCUGUUUCACUCCUCACAUGGACUACAAACUGGACAACUUCACAGAGAGGUUGCAGCUUUUCACCUUUAAAAAUAAAGAUGAUGUUAAAUCAUUUAUAUGUGAGCACAUCCAAUGUUUUAAGGAUGAAGGAAGCCAUGGGACCAUACUUUUUCUAUAUAGCCUUAUCUUCUCCAGGACUAUUGAAAGGAUGCGGGCAGACUUCGACUGCACCACCACUCAUCUUUUGCAUGUGAGCUUGGGGAACUUUGUUUGUCGACAGGCUUUAUUAAACCUGUUGUUGACGGGCCGUGCGACCCCUCAUGUAUUCAACGGUACGUCCCCGAACGAUGAUCAAGACGAAGCACUCGCCCAGCCUCUCCACGGGGUCCUGACUCGCAGUCAUGUCGGAUAUCUGCUCUGGAACAGAGAACAAGUCCACCAUGCACAGCUCCCUCUGGUGGGCAGUAUGCUGAAAACCCCCAAGCUACCUAUCUGGGUGUGCAAUAUCAAUGGUACCUACAGUGUUUUGUUCAGCCCAAACCGUUUGCUGCUCUCUGACUGGAAGAUGGAGCAUCUUUUCCACCUUUACUUCUACAAUGGCCAACCAACUCAGCUCAGCACAACAAUGCUCACCAUAGAUACACACUCCCAUCACUGGCAGGCUGAAAAUAAUGAUAUUCAAGGAGACCCAGAAAAAAAGUUUCCAUCUGUAGAGAUGACCAUUAGGACCAAGUGGGAGGGUUCUGGUAUAGACUGGAAUGGGACAGUGCCUUUUUUCUGAAGAGGUUUAUAGCAGGUCUCCUGAUGUGUAGCAUACCUCUCCUGGCCUGUAAUAAAGAAUAUUUUAUUGGUUUUGAUUUGGGCUUAAUUUUUGACUUUCAUUUUGGCUUGUGAACCUUAAUAACAUUACCUUUCACAACCUGCCCAUUUGACAAUCUGAGCAUUUUUUUAAAAAGUGAAAACCUAAAAUAUGUAACACAUGGCAAAAACACUAAGUCUUUCUCUUGAUUGUUAGAAAUGUAUUCAAAUCUGGUUUACAUAUGUCCCACAUAUGUUAAAGUCCAUUCUGGUGCUAUAUCCUUCAGCCUCCAUACCGUUUUUUUACCCUUCUAUUUAGACCUGAUAUGGGUUCGUAUUGCUUGUAUCAAGUCUCAAGACUUAAUCGCUCAAGUCAUGAUGGAAAAAGCUGAUGUCUCAAGUUACAGGGUUUAAUCAAUUUAAGACCGUUAUUCAAAGCCUUGCAGUCUUUGAUUCCUAUCUUGUAUAAAUCAUGUAUGUAGUAUUUUAGUUUUAUAUUUUAAUUGAAUUACUGCUGCAUGCAAGUAUUGUUAAUUAAAGAAAGGCAAUAUGUUACAACAA